UGACGUCAAGACGCCAAGGAGCGUUCUGAACUAUAGCCGCUAACAAGCAGCCGAGGUCUCCCCCGCCUUGCCUUCUUCAGUUCUUAUCGGGAAGAUUUGUUUUACGGAACGGCCCGAAGCUGUCCGGGAAAACACGACUCGCCCUCGUAAAUUUCCGGCUAAGGUAGGUAGAAGCCGACCUCAUUCAUGCCAUUGACAGUACAGUACUAAAAAGAAAAAACCUGGAAAUCCCCGUCUCUUUCCGACAACUUUUCCGGAAAAGCCCGAGAUGCUCUAAGUAAGGAAAGGCGUGCUCUUUCUACGAGCUUUAACCGGAAAAACCCGAGGCUUUCCGAAGAUUCCCGAGAGGGGCCUUCCGGAGAUUCCCGAAGGGCUUGAGGUUUGGCCGGCGCCGGCGCUUGCUGCGUGAGAGGGAGACGACAACGGCGGCGGGAGGCGAUGAAGAGUGGCCGAGCCGGGAGUUCCUGAGGGGGCCGGGCCGGGCCGGGCCGGGCCAGGAGGAGCCGAAGCGCCCCAAAGGCGUCAUGGCGGCCAACAUGUACCGGGUGGGCGAUUACGUCUACUUUGAGAAUUCCUCUAGUAACCCCUACCUUGUCCGCCGUAUUGAGGAGCUCAACAAGACGGCCAACGGCAACGUGGAGGCCAAGGUGGUCUGUCUGUUUCGACGGCGUGACAUCUCCAGUAGCCUCAACAGCCUGGCCGACAGCAAUGCCCGAGAAUUUGAAGAAGAGUCUAAGCAGCCUUCAGUGUCUGAGCAGCAGCGGCAUCAGCUGAAGCACCGGGAGCUCUUCCUCUCUCGCCAGUUUGAGUCUCUGCCUGCCACCCACAUACGGGGGAAAUGUAGCGUUACGUUGCUGAACGAGACAGACAUCCUCAGCCAGUACCUGGAUAAAGAGGAUUGUUUUUUCUACUCGCUGGUCUUCGACCCUGUUCAGAAGACUCUCCUAGCUGACCAAGGAGAGAUCCGGGUCGGCUGCAAGUACCAGGCGGAGAUCCCCGAGCGGCUGGCGGAAGGAGAAUCCGACAACCGGAACCAGCAGAAGAUGGAGAUGAAGGUGUGGGACCCGGACAACCCCCUUACUGACCGGCAGAUCGACCAGUUCCUUGUGGUGGCUCGGGCCGUUGGCACCUUCGCUCGGGCCCUGGACUGCAGCAGUUCCAUCCGGCAGCCUAGUCUGCACAUGAGCGCAGCUGCUGCCUCGCGUGACAUCACGCUGUUCCACGCAAUGGACACGUUGCAGCGGAACGGCUAUGACCUGGCCAAGGCGAUGUCCACGCUGGUGCCUCAGGGAGGCCCCGUGCUGUGCAGGGAUGAGAUGGAGGAGUGGUCGGCUUCUGAAGCCAUGCUCUUUGAGGAGGCCCUGGAGAAGUAUGGCAAAGAUUUCAACGACAUCCGGCAGGACUUUCUCCCGUGGAAGUCCCUCGCCAGCAUCGUGCAGUUCUACUACAUGUGGAAAACCACAGACCGAUACAUCCAGCAAAAAAGGCUGAAAGCAGCGGAAGCUGACAGCAAGCUGAAGCAGGUGUACAUCCCCACCUACACAAAACCCAAUCCAAACCAAAUCAUCUCGGUGGGCUCCAAGCCUGGCAUGAAUGGAGCUGGCUUCCAGAAGGGGUUGACCUGCGAAAGCUGUCACACCACCCAGUCAGCACAGUGGUACGCCUGGGGUCCCCCCAACAUGCAGUGCCGUCUUUGUGCCUCCUGUUGGAUCUACUGGAAGAAGUACGGUGGCCUGAAAACCCCGACACAGCUGGAGGGAGCAGCCCGCAGUGUCACGGAGCCACACUCCCGGGGCCACAUGUCUCGGCCAGAAGCCCAGAGCCUCUCACCUUACACAACCAGUGCCAACCGGGCCAAGCUUCUAGCAAAGAACCGCCAGACCUUCCUCCUGCAGACCACUAAGCUGACCCGCAUCGCACGCCGCAUGUGCCGGGAUAUCCUGCAGCCGCGCCGUGCCGCCCGGCGUCCAUAUGCACCCAUCAAUGCCAAUGCCAUCAAGGCAGAGUGUUCCAUCCGGCUUCCCAAGGCUGCAAAAACACCCCUCAAGAUCCACCCUCUGGUGCGGCUUCCCCUGGCUACCAUUGUCAAGGAGCUAGCUGCGCAGGCCCCCCUGAAACCAAAAACUCCUCGAGGCACCAAGACGCCCAUCAACAGGAACCAGCUGACCCAGAACCGAGGCUUGGCUGGCAUUGUGGGCAAGCGAGCGUACGAGAGUGUGAGUGCGGCUGGGCUGUGGAAGGUGGCAGGGGGCGGGCUCCCCUUCUCGGCCAACGGGCGGCCCAUGACUUCCGGAAUGAGGUCGAGCACUCAGCCUGCCGUCAAGCGCCAGAAGCUGAACCCGGCCGACGCCCCCAACCCUGUCGUUUUUGUGGCUACCAAGGACACCAGGGCGCUCCGCAAGGCCCUGAGCCACUUGGAGAUGCGCCGUGCUGCCCGCCGUCCCAACCUGCCACUCAAGGUGAAGUCAGUGCUGCCCAUCCGGCCUGUGGUGGCCCCCCUGGUGCCUGUACCCCCCGCUCAUCCUGCCAGCACCAGCGAACCCAUCAUCCUGGAAGACUGAGUGCUCUUGCUUCUCUGGCACCCCCUCUAGGGUCCUUGUAGCCACCUCACCCGACACCAAGACCCCUUUCCCGCCCCAAGGCCUGUCUGGCCAAGGGAACGUCAAAGCUCCACUUGCUGAGCAUUCGCUGGGAUUGGAGCAGGCACGAGGGGGCAGCUCUUCUCCCCUCUCCCUCCUCAAAAGUGGAUACUGGACACCCUUAAUUCUCCUUUUUAUAUAUAUGUAUUUUUUAAUUUCCACAUUUUACCUUUUUUUACCCUCCCCCUGCCUUGACAGUUCAGACUUGCGUACAAAGCUGGCCUCUUCUCCCACCCCCUGCUCCUGGGCAACACUGUAAAUGCAAGUUGUGCCCUCUGUCUGUCUGUCUGUGUGUGUCUGUCUGUGUGUGUCUGUGUGUGUGUCUGUGUGUUUGGGGGUGGGAUGGGGUGGAGAGACCAUGGAGGGGACCCCCUUUCACAAUUCCUCCCAUUCCACCCCUGCAGCUAAUUUUCCUUCCUUCCUUUUUUUCCUUUGUCUCCCACCCCUCUUUUUCUUUAGUUGCCCUCUGUUCCCGUGUGCCCAUAUGUAUCUGGGAAAGGGGCUGACCCAGCUGUCUCUCAACAUGGCUACCCCUCUCCCCAUCCCACCCCCAGCCUUUGAUGAGCCCAUUUUUUGUACAUGGUUUGGAGAGGAAAAAGAGUCAGGUUUUUUUUAAGUCAACCUCUAACUGGUUCUUAUAGCAACAAAAUAAAUGCUGUUUUCUUCACACCUUUCUCUCCUGUGCGUGUGUGUGAGUGAGCAUUGCUUGGGGAUCUUGACUGGUUUGGGUAAACCUCUUGUGUGGUGGUGGUUCCUUACAGGGAUGCGGGCUACUGUUUCAGUUGUGAGAGUGGAUAGUCUAGACCUACAGAGGUUAUUCCACCACUACCUGCCCAUCUCUCUCCCUCUAGGCUGAGUAGGCAGGAAAUCCUGGAAUGGUCCUUUCUGGAUCCUACAAAUGCAGGAAGAGAAUGUUGCUCACAUCUUAGAUAGCUUAAGACACGCAGAGGCCACUUCGUAGUCUUUUUAUUAAAAUAAAUAUAUAGUAAGAGGGAGACCAGAAAUGUUGGUCCUUGGUUUGUCCACUAAAAUUUUGCUUUUGGACUUUGAAUUAUCCGCUGUUGUUUGUUCAGGACAGGAUAGAAACUUCAACAAUGGAUAAACAACAGGCUAUGAGGCCUAAUUUCACUUUUUUUUUAAGAAAUAAAAAUAAGUCCUCACUGUAC